GGGGCCCGGGGCAGGAUGGAGGAGGUGUCGGCGGCAGCGGACUCGCUCCUGUCCGGGGCCUGCGUGCUCUUCACCCUCGCCAUGUUCUCCACCGGCCUGUCGGACCUGCGGCGCAUGCGCCUGAGCCGCAGCGUGGACAGCGUCCAGUUCCUGCCCUUCCUCACCACGCACGUCAACAAUCUGAGCUGGCUCAGCUACGGAGCCCUGAAGGGCGACUGGACUCUCAUCUCGGUCAACGCGGUGGGGGCGGCACUCCAGACCCUCUUCAUGGUCACGUACGUCUACUACGUGCCUCGCAAGGGUCCGGCCCUCCUGCAGACGGCGGCCUUGUUGGGCGUCCUCCUCAUCGGCUACUGCUACUUCCACCUCCUCGUGCCCGACCGGGACGUCCGGCUCCGGCAGCUGGGCCUCUUCUGCAGCUUCUUCACCAUCAGCAUGUACCUCUCUCCCAUGGCGGACCUGGCCAAGAUCAUCCAGACUCAGUCUACCAAGUGUCUGUCUUACCCUUUGACGCUGGCCACGCUGCUCGCUUCCUCCGCCUGGACCCUCUACGGCCUGCGGCUCGACGACCUCUACAUCACGGUCCCCAACGCGCCUGGCGUGGUCACCAGCGUCGUGCGGCUCUGGCUGUUCGGGCGGUACCCCUCGACGCAAGACCGGGCCUACAGGCCUCUCCAGGCCUGAGGCGGCCGGCGGGCUUCCUCCACGGGCGGCGGGGGGAGAUAUCCCGUUUUAUUUUUCCACGAGAGAUUAUUUUUUGCGUAAUUCACAUCCCGGCUGUAAAGGAUGGAGACUGGUUCCGUGCUGUGCCUUAUAAUAAAACACUCACCCUCA